AUGUCUUCAAAAUGUUCAGAAGAAGAAAAUAGCAAUGAAGGCACCCGUGAAAAGGAAAAAAAAAAAAAAAAAAAAAAGGGUAAAACACAUAUAUACUAUGUAAUAAAUAAAGGGAAUUACUCACAAGAAGAACGACAAAAGGAGGCAAGUUCUACAGAAAAAUUAAUUAAAAAGAAAUAUGAAAAUAGCAGAGUUAAAGUACACGUUGAAGACUUCCAUACGUUAAGAACUGUUAAAAGGGAUGCAUCCAAAGAUCAAGAUGACACAAAAAGUAAACGUGAUGAAGAGAGCCAUAUCGAACUUUGUGAAUAUUUGGAGGCACGUAGUCGUCACAUAGAGUACUUAAUGAAGAAAAAAAGACAAAAAAUGAGAACAACCAACACCAAUAAUGGUGAUGAUAAUAAUAAUAGCAGCAGUAAUAGUGAUAACAAUAAUAAUAGCAGAAUUAAUAGUAAUAACAAUAAUAAUAGCAGAAUUAAUAGUAAUAACAAUAAUAAUAGCAGGAGGAACAUCAUUCAACCACCGGAUGAUGUCGAUAUGGAGUUUCUGCUAAUGUAUAGGAGAGGUAGAGAUAAAGACACAACAACAGAUCCAGCAUCUACUUCCACGAGUAAACAAAACUAUUCAUCAUCCAAAAAUAGAAAAAAAAUAUUUUUCCUGAACAAGGAUCAUAUCCCACAGACAUCCACCAGUACACCAUCGAAUUUGACAUAUAAUCAACGUCUGAAUGAAGAAGUUAGAAGUAGUUACCAUGCUGGUGGGGAAACGGAAGGAACGGAAAUUACACACUCAGAAGCUAUCCACCUUUACAAUAUGAACACAUGUGAAGCACAAAAUCAAAAUAAUAGUGAUGCACAGAGCUCAAACAGUAAUAGCAACGAGUCAAGCAGCAUCAAUCCACAAAAUUCCAGUAGCACUGAAUCCAAUAUUUUUUCGAAACUAUUUUAUAGAAUAAGAAAAGCAAUUAUUGACAGGAGAGGAAACCCUAUAACGAAUGAAAAUAUAAUAGACAAUGAUAUGUGCGAAUUGACAAUUGUAAAUACUAAUAUGAACGAAGUAAAUAAUGGUAAUAACAUUCUUCAGAUUGCAGAAGAUAAUGAAACUGUCACGCUUCCUAGACACAGCGAUAAUCAAAUUGGAAGAGGAGGAAUAGAUGGAGGAGGUGUGUCCAAUUGUCACAGAAAUAGAAACAACGAUAUCAUUUGUCUAAAUGGAUUAAAUCCGAAUGACUUACUGAACAGUUCGGUUAUUAUAAAUCCUGAUAAUAUAGAAAUGAAUGAAAUGUUUAGCAAUGUUGAAAACGGAAUCAUUAUGAUGGGAAGAACUGAUUCCACUCCCAUUGGCAAUGCAUCUAAUGAAGAUGUAAUCGACCAUAAUACUACUAGAUCCAACAAUGAUAGCAGAACCAUACAUUUAGAUUACAGAAAUAUCCCUCAUAAAAUAGCUACCUACUUUAAAGACAAUAUAUCCUACGUAAAGGAAAAAAUAAAAAACUAUUGGAUGGAAAGAGUACGUGAGGCAAAUACACAACUGACAUCUCCUCAUCAGAAUACAAGUGAAAGGGAAAGGCAAAGAGAAAGAGAGAAUGAUCUCCACAAUGAAGAUGAGAAUGAUGACCCUAGUUGUCUUCAAGUAUUGUUUUUCCUAGGCUUAGUUUGUAAAUUUCCAAUUUUGUGGAUUAUAGGAUCCAUUAUAUUUUGUAUCACUCCGAAUGAGCAUAAAAAAACGAAAAUGUGGAGUCUAAUUAAUACCUUUUUUGCACUCAUAAGUGUUAUAUAUUUUAUUAGCACAUCUAAAUUUAAAAUACCCAAACCGCUUUUUAUGGUCCUUAUGGAACCAGAUAAUGGAGAAAAAAAUAACUUAAUUGCCAGAGGAAUUCUUAAAAAUAGUAAAAACAUUACGCAAAGCUUAGCAGUCUUUGAUGAAUCUUCCUCUUUUGAAUGGAUAGGUUCAAGCACGCAUUCUGUUUUUACAACAGGAAGGGAUUCUUUUUUAAAUUGGAACUUUGUAUCCACACAGAAACCGGACUCCCACGUGUUACUAAGCAGCAAUGCAUACAAACUGUUGAAUCGUGUACAAGUAACCUUUAUUUUCGGAAGGGGCAAUAAAUAUCCAACUGAACAAAUCAAAAAAAUAAAGACAUUUUUUCAAAAUAUAAAAGAAAACAUGAAUAUAAUUCCGUAUGAAACGAUCACACUAACGGAGAAGGAUAUCCCUGAGGAUUUCUAUGGUGGAGGACUCAUAUGUAAUCGAGGUGAAAAUAACUUACUAGGAAGUGUAGACAAAAAAAUAAACGAAAAAGAAAUGGAAAAUGCAAAAUGGUAUUUGUUUUGGAAGGAAGAUGAUUACUCAAAUGAUAAUAAACGAAAUGAUUUUGAUGAUUCUCAUUCAUCUUAUCCAAUUGGGGAAGUUUUUUUUUUUAAAAAUGAGCACAUAUGUAGAGUAGCUUUCUUAUAUCCCAAAAAAAUUAAUUUCAGCGAAAAAAAUAUGCCAGAAAAUUUUGUUCAGAUAAAUAAAAUUAUAAUAAAACCUUUCUGA